ACCACAAGUUCAACAUAAGAAAAGCAACUGGGAACGAGAUUACAGGAAGUGACGUCAUACUUCAACGUGAGGCAACGCGGUCGUUAUUUGAAUAGAUGUCGAUUCCCCCCUUACUUCACGUUUUCGGAAGGAGCAGAAAAUCCACGGCUACAUUCGCAGAGGCACGACCUUCGAACCACCUGCUGACGUUUCUUUCCAAACUGAAAAAUAUUUCUACCUCACACACAUUCAAUCUUGCACUUUCAAGGGUGCAUCACACCUCCGAACUAUCCGCUCCUCAGCACCUUUCCAAUUUUACAGAUAUUUCUACCUCACACAGAUUUAAGGUGGAGAAUGGGUGCUUUGACAGACCACCUUCCAAGCUGGAUCGUCUAGCAAAGGAACUAGGACAACACAGCCAUCUAACCAAACAAUUCCUGCAGCUCUUGUGAAUUCAUAUGACACUUCAUGCCACUUCAACUUUAUAUGCUUCUCUUAUGGCACAUGUCUACUUUGUUCUCUGACUGGCAAAGCACAUAAUUUCCAAGCAUUUCAAAUUUUUGAGAAGUUUAUGGCUUCAUCUCACCACAUGUUGUCUCUUUUAAUGAAUGCACUGUUUUCUGAAGCCUACUUGCACUGACAAAUUGUACUGUUCAUUGCUAGGUUUUCAGGACUGCUUUAUGCCAUUUGUGGUACUAGGCCGCUGAAUAAGUAACUUGUGUGUAUGCUGUUUGUGGAAACUUAAAAGAAUUGUGGACGAAAUAUACUGUCUUUUAAUUAUGCUGUCUCCUUGAUAAUCUCCACUGUGAAGAUGUUUUUUUUUUUUUUUGGUACUUCACCUUUGUGCACUGCGACCAUAAUAGAAAUGAGGGUGGUAAUCUAUUCUUUUAUAGGCAUAUGUUUUUUUUUCCUUAUGUUUGAAUAGAAAAGGCAUGCUUAACCUAUUUCGAGAUAUAUCCAAAUGACAAGUUAAAAAUACAGUUUUAAGAAAUGUAAAGGAAAAGCUUACCGGUAGUGGGUCACUGGAAAAACUGAAUGUAGAGCUUUACAUUACAAAUUAUUUUUCUUUUACCCUGUUUCAUUCCUACGGCAAAGUUUGUAAGAUAUUACUUUGCGCGCUGCCCUAGCUCUACAUCUUGGAGAUGUUUCAUUUCAUUUCAAAAUUCCUUUAUGCACUAGCAUGAAAUACUAGUUUGUUUAGUUCCUAGGACACAUACUUGCCUAUACAAACUGCACUGUUGCGGAAUGAUUUGUUAUUACAGUUUAGUGCUACACGCUUAACCCAACUAUGUGCUACCACUUAUGGUAAUGCCAAACCCUUUCAUUUCUUUUUUCUUUAUAAACAUAUCCCCUCAAAUCUAUCAAAGGAGAAGCUGAGCCAACUCUGGUCAGCUUGCCACUUUAAUACAGUCAAACUCCUUUAUAGCGAUCACCUUUUUAACU